AUGGCGGCAAAGGUGGUGGAGGCUGGCGGGUACAGGCUCCACUUGCGCUGCGUGGCCGGCAUCGAGUCUUGCUGCUACGUGGACGCCGUGGAUGUGGCAUUUGAUCUGGGCUACCUCGUGGACCGAGUGGUGAGCAAGUCGCACGUGUUCAUCACGCACGGGCACGUCGACCACAUUGGGGCUUUGGUGGCGCAUGCUGCGCGUCGGGCGCUGCAGAAGCAGAAGCCGGCCCAGUACUUCGUGCCGGCUCACCUCGUGCCGCACCUAGAGAGCAUCUUGCAGAGCACCGCGGCCAUGCAGGGCGACGAGCCGUUUCCAGCGCAGCUGGUGCCGCUGCAGGCCUACGACGAGGUGCACGUCUCGCCCAAGUACAUGGUGCGCGCAGUGCCCACCACGCACCGCGUGCCGAGCCUGGGCUACAUUCUGUUCGAGAAGCGCAACCGGCUGAAGUCCGAGUACCGGGAGCUCCCCGGGCCGGAGAUCGCCGCGCUGAAGCGCUCCGGCCAGACGAUCACUAGCGCCGAGCUCACGCCCGAGAUCGCGUACACUGGCGACACCACGAUCGAGGCGUUCACGGCAGCGAGCGAUGACGAGCGCAUGCGGGACUUGCUGCGCGUGAAGGUGCUCAUCACGGAGGCCACGUACGCGGACGGCAAGAUGACGGUUCAAGACGCCGUGGCCCGCGGGCACAUGCACUUGGAUCAGCUCGCGGAGCACGAGCAUUUGUUUCAGCGAGUGGGCACGCUCGUACUGGUUCACUUUUCGGCGCGCUACAGCGCCGAUGAUCUGGCUGAAUGUGUCCGGACGCGGUUGCCACCGACGCUCCAGGAGAAGACGGUGCUGGGCUGCUGA